GUUAUAAACUUAAAAUUUGAAAAAAUUAUAGAAGAGAGUCUUGAUAUGUCACUUCUCGAACCAAUGGAUCUAGCUCGUAAUUUAGCUGACAGCAAUAUUAUUUCAAAUUUUGAACAUGUUUCACUACCCAAAUCAUCAAAUGAUGAUGAAAAAAUGAAAUAUUUACUUUGUCAACGCUUCCUACCAAAUGCUAUUAAGCACUGUACAAAAGAACAACUUGAAAUUCGUUUUGUGACACUAUGCCAAGAAUAUUUAACUGACUGUCAACCAUAUCUUAACUUUUUAAUUCCAAAUCAAGAAGCAGAAUCAGCAUUGAGAGCAAUAGCUGAUACUUAUAGUUCAUCAGUUGGAUUAACUUAUUAUCACUGGGGAGUUAAUGGCAUACCAUAUUAUCCAAUCAAUGAAGAAGGAACUGUUUCUAAUGGAGCUCAUGGAAUGGUAUUAAUUAUAUUUGUUGAUUACGGUUCUUGGGGUGGAGGAUAUUCAAAUAAUUUUGAUGUACGAGAUUACUGGAGGAUGAAUAGCAAAGCAGGAGGUAAUUGGUAUGAAGGAUUAUAUGGUUAUGGAACGGGUUGGAAUGUACCAAUAAUGCAAAAUUUUGGUGCUGAAGGUGGUGGUGGGACACAGAUUCAUAUUCCAAUAAAAGAAGAAGAUUUUGGCAAACCAUUACGUGCUACUAAUGGUUACUUUGUAGGACCAUAUGCAGGAGUUGCAGACAGUACAGCUGUUGAUUGGUUGAAUGGUCGAGUAACAAAACAAAAUGGUUUUGCGUCACCUUACACAGGUGUAAACGUAUAUAGCGGUAGUAGCGUAGGCUUUCCAAGCAUUAAUUCUGUGGUAAAAAAUUUAGCUAGAAAAACUAAGAUUCAUAAUUUGGCACAAAUUUUGGCUCAAGUCAAUACUUCUGCUCAUCAUGCCUUAAAUUAA